AUGCUCCUCAUGCCGGGAGCCGACGUCGAGCCGGACGUGAGGGAGGAGGCGGCUGCGGCGGCGCAGCUGAAGAUCAUGUACGGCGGGCGGAUGCUGGUGUUCGACGACUUCUUCCCCGCGGGGGGCGCGGUCGUCGAGCUGGUGCGCGCCGCGGCGCGCGCUGGGCGGGACGACGACGGCGCGCGGGCGCGACGCCGGCCUGCCGGUGGUGAGGAAGGUGUCGCUGCAGCGGUCCGUGGAGAAGAGAAGUCGCAGGCGGCUCGGGGCGACGGCGCCGUACAUACUCGCCAUUCGCCGCCAAUGCUGCCGGCAAGGACGCCGGGAUCAGGCCGCACUGACGACGCCGCGUUCUACUGA